CCCAAAUCACAGGCCAUAUCAUCUUUUCGUUUUCACUUCCCCUUGUCUAUCUUCUUCCAAGAAGAAUCAAUCAUAUAGGACUGGGUGCGAGAGAAGUUAGGCAUGACUGUCAAAGUAAACUCAGUGAGUGUUACUCGCCUGGGGAAGAAGAGGACAUCUGACGCAAUGGGCGUCGGACAGGAUUCCCAUCUGCAAUCCCCCGCCAAGAAGAGAGCACCUCUCGGUGAUGAUUCUCAAAUGUGCGAUGGUUAUGUAACCGAUAUCUACGAUUAUCUUCAUAACAUGGAGAAAGAGGCAAAGAGAAGGCCACUGCAAAACUAUAUUGACAAGGUACAAAAAGAUGUGACAGAAAACAUGAGAGGGGUUUUGGUGGAUUGGUUGGUGGAGGUUGCCGAAGAAUAUAAACUUCAAUCUGAUACACUUUAUCUCUCAAUCACAUACAUUGAUAGAUUCUUGUCUAUUAAUCCUCUCAAUAAGCAGAGGCUACAGUUGCUUGGUGUUUCUUCAAUGUCGAUUGCAUCAAAGUUUGAAGAGAUUAAUCCUCCAACAGUUGAUGACUUCUGCAACAUCACAGAUAACACUUACAGAAAGGAAGACGUGGUGAAGAUGGAAGCUGAUAUACUUAACUCUCUUAAAUUCGAAGUGAGCAGUCCAACAAUUAAUACCUUCUUGAGAAGAUUCUCCAGGAUUUCUGAACAGGAUCGCAAAUAUCCUGAUUUGGAGUUUGAGUUAUUGAGUUGCUACUUGGCAGAGUUGAGUUUGCUGGACUAUGGUUGUGUCAAGUUUUUGCCAUCCAUGAUUGCUUCUUCUGUUGUAUUCCUUUCAAGGUUUAUGUUCCACCCUGAUAAACAUCCAUGGAAUGCAAACCUUGAAGAGUUUUCAGGAUACAAACCUACUGAUUUAAAAGAAUGUGUUGUUCUUAUACAAGACUUGCAGUUGGGUAAAAGAGGAGGCUCCUUGGUAGCAGUCAGACAGAAAUACAAGCAGCAUAAGUUUAAAUAUGUUGGGUUGAUGAAGGGCCCUCUUGAAAUACCCAAUUUAUAUUUUGAAGGCUUGAAGAAUGUUUGAUUCUUUUCUUCCCCAAGUUGGAUUUAUCUAUCUGGUAUCAAGCUGAGCUGAAUGACACAUGAUCAGACAAGGCCCUUGAAGGAAAACUUUGGGCGUUAAAUUCCAAAAUUUUGUAAUGGC